AUGGAGCAAUUCGGGCAGAUCGGAGAGGCGCUCGGAAGUUUAAAGGCUCUAAUGGUAUUUAAAGACAACAUCCAAAUCAAUCAGAGGCAAUGCUGUUUGUUGGUAGAUAUCUUCAGUUUUGCUUAUGAUUCAAUAGCGGAAGAGAUAAGACAGAACCUGAGAUUUGAAGAGAGGCACAUCAAAUGGAAAGUCCUGGAACAACCCUUAAAAGAGCUUCGCAGGAUAUUCAGAGAAGCUGAGAUCUAUAUUAAACAGUGCCUGGAAAGCCGGGAGUGGUGGGCUAAAGCUAUCAUUCUCUAUCAGAACACAGACUGCAUUGAGUUCUACAUCCACAACUUACUUAGCUGCAUUCCAAUUGUAAUUGAAGCAAUCGAAAUUGCAGCUGAAAUCUCCGGAUGGGAUCAUGAUGAAAUGCAAAAGAAAAGACUUGUACACUCCUACAAAUACAGAAAAGAAUGGAAAGACCCAAAACUAUUCCAAUGGAAAUUUGCAAAGCAGUACAUUAUUACUCCAGAUUUUUGUAAUAGGAUUGACACAGUUUGGAAAGAGGAUAGGUGGAUCCUUCUCAGCAAAAUCCAGGAAAAGAAAAUGUCAGGUACAACAAAGCAGGGGCGUCAACUUAUAGAUCUCCUUUUCAAAAACUUAGAUGGGUCAGAGCCUCUAAGUGGGAAACUAUUACCAUGUAAAAUCCUAGUUAAGUCCGGGGACUACCAGGUGAGGCGGCGGCUAGGUAAUGGGAGCCAAUACAAGGAGAUCCUAUGGUUGGGUGAAAGCUUUGCCUUAAGACACUUUUUUGGGGACAUUGCACCCUUAGUUCCCGAGAUUUCUUCGCUAUUAUCUCUUUCACACACAAAUAUCUUGCACUUCCUGUGUGGGUUUACUGAUGAGGAAAAGAAAGAGUGUUUUCUGGUUAUGGAACUAAUGAGUAGAGACCUUCAAAGUUGCGUCAAAGAGAUAUGUUGCCCAAGAAGAAGAAUUCCAUUUUCUCUUCCUGUUGCCAUUGAUCUUAUGCUUCAAAUUGCUAGAGGAAUGGAAUACCUCCACUCUAAGAAAAUAUACCAUGGUGAUUUAAAUCCUUCUAACAUUCUUGUUAAAUCGAGAGGCACCUUCACUGGCGGGUAUCUGCACGCCAAAGUAUCAGGAUUUGGCCUAUCUUCCGUUAAAAAAUUCACACCGAAAAGUCCUUCAACUCAAAAUGGACCCCUCCCAUUCAUAUGGUAUGCUCCAGAAGUUCUAGAACAACAAGAACAAACAGGAAGUACUGGGAGUUUGAAGUACAGAGAAAAAUCCGAUGUUUACAGUUUUGGAAUGGUGUGCUUUGAGCUUCUGACAGGGAAAGUCCCAUUUGAAGAUGCCCAUUUACAAGGAGACAAAAUGAGCCGGAACAUCAGGGCAGGAGAGAGGCCUUUGUUCCCAUUCCAUUCGCCAAAAUAUGUCACAAACUUGACAAAGAGAUGCUGGCAUACUGACCCAAGUCAAAGGCCCACCUUCUCUUCCAUUUGUAGGAUUCUUCGCUACAUAAAAAGGUUCGUUGUGAUGAACCCAGAUUAUAAUAGCCAACAAGACCCACCUAUGCCACUAGUCGAUUACUGUGACCUCGAGUUGAGGCUUUUAAGCAGCAAAUUCCUUUAUUGGGAUACACCUAAUCCUUUACCAAUAACAGAAAUCCCAUUUCAGAUGUUUGCUUAUAAAGUUGAGGAAAAAGGAAGAGUAUUUGCAACUCCUAAUACAUCAGAAUCAGGAAGUGAUAAAGCUUCGAUUAGUGGGGAUGAAAAUGCUAACACAAUGGAGGAACCAUAUCCACCUGUAACUGAAAGGAAGUUCUUACCUUCACCUGAAGCUAUGAACAAGAAACUCCCUGUGUCGAAAAAAUCUUCAGAAGUGAAAGCAAAUAAACCAGGGACAUCAAAGAAAGAACUACUAGUGGUGAGACCUCCACAAUUGACUCCUUGUGGGCGCAGCUUAAGAAUGAAUUCCGAAAGUCAGCUAAUGGUAAUGAGUCCAACAAAGCCGCAAACACCUUCUGGCCAUAUGUCAGAUUCGGAGCUCUCCUAGAAACUGAAAUAUCGUACUG